UCGUCCACAGCCACAGAAAAAGCCUCGCCCUCGCCACCACCAUCCCAGUGCUGCUUUAAAACCACACACCCCAGUCCAUAGUUAUCAUAACACCGCACUCAACUCACAACAGCCACCAUGUCCCUCGACUAUGACCGGACCGGUGCGAUUAAAGCAUUCGACGAGACGAAGGCCGGCGUGAAAGGCCUUGUCGACGCCGGCAUCAGCAAGAUCCCUCCCUUCUUCGUCCAGCCACCCGACCACUCCGAUGGAUCCACUGCUCGCCACCAAAUCCCCGUCAUCGACCUCGGAGACGCCGAAUCUGACAGCGCCCGAAGAAAGGAGGUUGUGGGCGAGGUGAAGCGGGCGUCUGAGACGAUGGGGUUCUUCCAGGUGGUCAACCACGGCAUCCCUGCGGCGGUGCUCGACGAAAUGCUUGCAGGGGUGAGGACGUUUAACGAGGCGGCGGCCGAGGUGAAGAGGGAGUACUACACCAGGGAUUGGGCGAAGAAGGUGAUGUUCAAUAGUAAUUUCGAUCUGUACCGGGCGCCAGCGGCAAAUUGGAGGGAUACCAUAUUCUGUGUGAUGGCGCCGGAACCUCCAAGACCGGAGGAACUGCCUCUGGCUUGCAGAGAAAUAACCUUCCAUUAUGCAAAUCAUACUAAAAAACUGGGGAUCUUUCUCUUUGAGCUACUUUCCGAGGCACUCGGCCUUAAUCGCGAUCAUCUAAAUAAAAUGGAUUGUGCCAAAGGACUUGCGGUUGUUGGCCACUAUUAUCCACCUUGCCCAGAGCCUCACCUCACUCUUGGAAUUAGCAAACACUCUGAUCCAGCUUUCCUGACCAUCCUUCUACAAGACCAGAUGGGUGGCUUACAAGUUCUGCAUCAAAAUCAAUGGGUUGAUGUGCCGCCUUUGCCAGGAGCUUUAAUAGUUAACAUUGGUGAUCUACUACAGCUAAUCUCCAAUGAUAGGCUCAAGAGCGUGGAACACAGGGUGCUUGCAAAUAAGAGUAAUGUCCCUAGAAUUUCAGUGGCAAGCUUGUUUACCACACGUUUUUACCCAUCUGUGAAGCUCUAUGGCCCUAUCAAGGAGUUAUUAUCCAACGAAAGACCGAUGUAUAAAGAAGUAUCAGCGAGGGAUUAUGCCACCUACUACAACAUGAAAGGACUCGAUGGACAAUCUGCACUCGACUAUUUUAAGAUAUGAUUAAAAGUCAGAACAAUUUAGUCUGCUGAAUUUAUUGAAAUCCAAAUGAUUAUAUAUAUAUAUAUAUACAUAUAUAUAUAUAUUGUAUUGGGGAAAUUAUAUGGAAUAUUUUAUUGCAGAUCCUCAUGAUUCCACA